AUGAAACGAUCUCGCCUGGUGGCGCCUCUCUCAACCGGAAACAAGGACUCGUUGGCAGCCCAAAGACCCAUAACCCUGCUGGAAAACUCGCUCACCCCGUUGGGGUUCCCCCUCUGCUUCCUUCCGGCCCCACUCACAGUAAAGGCGCACCCUCCGUUGGUUACUGUUGCUGCUAGUAACAGGCAAUCCCUGAACUCCGCAGCCUCCGCCUCUGACCCCUCUGGUCCUAUUCCUAACCGGUACUGUAGAGCUCAUUCCAAAGUUUGA